AUGAAGAUUGCUACGACAUCAAGUGCUUUCGAUUUGUUGCCCAAGGAUCAGAAAUACAAAACCAAACGUGUUAGUUACAACGAUUUCUCAGACCUCUCCUUCUUACCCGUAGUAAACCCUAAGAUCAAGAGACAAAAGAAGACUCUGGAAGAAGAAGUGGACUCAACUUCUAAGGCGAAAUCUAGCAGGACGAGUCUUACCAAAUCAGUUACAACAACAACAAAGUUGACAAAACCGGAGGAAACAAUCACGGCUUCUUCGAAAGAGUGUCUUCAAGAAACAAAGACGAAUAAGAAGCCUGAUUUGAGAGACUUGAUCGCCAAGGCACAAGAAAAAAUCCAAAACAAAAGGGAGAUUAAUCAUCGAAGAGAAUACAUCACAAGACAGAGGAUAGCUGCACGCUUAGCUCUAAACCAGAUGGUAGCAACCGUUAGCUUUGACGAUCAUCUCAACUAUCAUAGAGAAAUGGAACAGCGUGGCUACACAUUUAUUCAAGAUCAAGUUGAUAACUUGAACAUGUUCAGUUUAUGGUCAAGAAGCGAUUACAAUGGUAUCACUAACUCUGUCUUGGAAACGAGCAAUACGACAAUGCGGUCUGAUGAAGAUUCAUCGAGAAAGAAGCAGCAGAUCAUCAAAAAAAAGAGCAACACAUUCCCUACAGAUGUCAAAGAACAUUGA